AUGAAGGCUUUAGUAUGUAUACUGCUGCUGUUGGAAACCUUUGUGUUUGUCGUCCAGCAGCAGGUAGAUGGAGGACUCAAUGAGAAUGAGAUCAGUCAACAGAUCAGCUCUGAGGACAGAAGACAGAAUCCACCUCAAACAGACACUUUGAGAGCUGAAGCUUCAACUGACAGCCAACAAAACUCUCACCCGUGCUUCUCUGACAUCCAUGCAGCACUGAGAGAACUGACCGCCACCGUUACAGAGCAGAAAGCAAACAUCAGAGAACUGACCGCCACCGUUACAGAGCAGAAAGAAAAGAACAGAGAACUGACCGCCACUGUUACAGAGCAGAAAACAAACAUCAGAGCUUUAGAGACGCGACUGAUGGAUGCUGAGAAAGCCGCAGAACAGCAGAUGUUCCUCCUGGAAGAGCUGAACAAGAAAAAUGAUGAAAUUUCAAAUCUUUCUCAGAGUCAAGUGGAAGAGUUGAGAAAGGAAAAUAGAGAUAGAAAGAUUGCUUUUUCAGCUUCACUGCUGGCAUCUGGCAGUGGAGACGUCGGUCCUUUUACCACUGACAUCACACUAACCUACAGGAACGUCUUCACAAACAUAGGGAACGCCUACAACCCAAUUACAGGUAUUUUCACAGCCCCAGUGAAAGGAGCGUACGUGUUCAAAUUCUCUGUCCAUGCUCAUGGUAGUCAAUCAAAUGCAGCAAGUGCCUACCUUAUGAAGAAUGAAAAGCAUGCGAUUGUAGCAUUUGCUCAGCAGGCUCAGGGUGCGUUAAACUCCUCAAAAGGAGUUGUGUUGAUCCUGGAGGUUGGAGAUGUCGUCUACGUGAGACUUCGGCCUAACGGCAAGAUUCAGGAUAAUGGGAAUAAUCACAACACUUUCAGUGGUUACAUACUGUUUCCCUUAAGAUAACAGGAGCUGUGAUUCCAAUCAUUCAGAACCUUUAGCAUAUGAUUUAAGAUGAAAAUAAACGUAUUGAUGAGAAUUUAUAUGUUUGAAAUUUGCAGUAGAUUACUGUAUGAACGUUAGUAUAAUAGACUAUACUCAUAAGCUGUCUAUAUAAGUUUGUAUAAAGAGUUUCAGCACUGAGACAGAUGGGACCCAUGAAUAUCACGUGACUCAAAAGUGUUUUCAUUAAAGGGGUCAUGAACUGCAUUGUUUUAUUGUUUUAUCAUUUUUCCUGGGGUGCACUUAUAAUGUUAGUAUGCUUUUUUUACAUCAAAUUUAGAAAUAAAAGGCAUUUUUCCUACCCUGAUUUUAUCCUCUGAUU